AUGAACGUCCCAUACCGAGGAAAAUUUUACGGAUGCCGUACAUUCAACAACAUAUUCGUGAUUUUCUCGAAAUAACAAAAGCGCGGUAACAACUAAAACAUGUAUUAUUUAAAAAACUGAAAAAAUUUCAUUCUAGAUGUAUAACAUCACCAAAACGAACAGUAAUUUUAAAAACUAAUCCACAAAUUGAUCAUGACUCUCUUUCAUCCACAUCGAACGAUACAAGUUCGGCUAGCGAUGACUUCUAUAAUCUCACACAAGUGUCCGAACUAAACGUCCAGGCACAAACAAGCAAAACUGUUCGAUCAAAUAAAUACAUACCAGCAGACGAAGCGAGACCCAAAACGAGAAAACAUAGUGUUCGUCGUACAUCCAGCACUCAUUACGAUGAGACAGAUACUGAUGAUUAUAUGAAUAGCACCAUUGACUCUGGUAUUGAUGAAAAAGCUAAAAGUAUUAUUCCUGGCAUGAAACGUAAAAUUGAAGAAGAUCCGUCGUCCAAUACCACAAGUGUAAAAAGCAGAACGUGCUAUUUUCGUAAAGUCAAAGAAGCGUGCGUAGUGGGAAAAUUACCUUGUUUAGCUGAUGUGAGAUCAACAUUGUAUAGAACACGUCUGGAAACAUUACCAGUACUUCCAAAAUCAGUUGAACAAUUACAAAUACCAACAUCUAUGGCUGUAACAAUUAAUCAACAACAGUUUCUAAUAUAUCAUAUGAAUAAAAAUAUAGUUGUAUAUGGUUCACCAACUGGUCUACAAACGCUGCAACAAAAUUCACAUUGGAAUACAGAUGGAACUUUCAAAACAGCACCAAUAAUAAAAAAGUUAGGUUUAGUUCGAGAUUGUAAAAAAGAAGAAAUUACACGAGAAAUAGCUAAUAUAACGUCAUUGCCACUGUUACCUACGAAUGAACUUAAUAAUUCAAUGGAAUUAGCUAUUGAUACAUUAAGUAAUACAGAUGAUAAAUAUAUAAAAUUAGCUGAUUAUGCAAUAACAACAUAUAUUUCCGAAAAAUUUAAUAUCCAGUUUUGGAAUUUAUAUGAUACCAUUGGUGUACGUCCACGUACUAAUAAUCAUGUUCAAGGAUGGCAGUGUGCUCAAAAUUCUGAUAAAUCAAAUGUUCGUUUUGCUCACAUCGAAUAUCUUGAUCGAAAAAAGCUCGUUAGUUUGAAUUCAUCGGACACUGUUGAUGAUAUUUGUGAUAAAAUAUUAGGUGCGUUUAAGUUAGACAGAAACAAGUUUUAUGUGAAUAUCAAAUUGGAUGAUGACGGGUUCAAGGAUUAUGCUGAAUUCGACUCAUUAGAUUUUUUACCGAAUAGACACACUAAAUACGUUGGUUUUCAAAUAACUGAAAAACAGUACGAGACAAUAUCUGCAUGUAAUCACAACACAAGAGCAAAUGAUUACCGCGACAAUGAUGAUUGUGAAGGUUUAGAAGAUUUAUUGUUAAGUUUAGAAUCAAUGCUCAGAGAUGUUCAAAUAUGA